UGUGGAGAUAGAGUUGCGUGUAAAAGUUGUCCAUUUGUCAGCUGGCAUUCCAGUAUUAAUAUUUAAACGCUUCCCGCCCACUCGUCUUCUCUCCAGUUACUGGUAGCGAAACCUCUUGAAAGUUAAGACGAAAAAGAUGAACAUCACCACAAAUAUAAAUCGUUUAACCAGCGAAGAAGAAGACUCCAUCAUGGUUGCCGCUUUAAAACAGGUGAUUUCUGGUGACACGUCAUCAAUAGCUCCGCCCAACAUUAUUCAUAUUCUCCAAGGUUCUGACAAAUGCCCCGUCUGUAACAUGGAUUCAGUUGACUGUCUCGGCUGCAAUUUCUUCGGGUCUAACCAAGAAGAGAAAGAUGAUAGUAACAAGGAAAGAAUGAAUAAGAAGAAGAACAAGUACAGGGGAGUCAGACAAAGGCCAUGGGGGAAAUGGGCGGCGGAGAUACGUGACCCGUGGCGGGCAAUUCGCGUGUGGCUCGGUACUUUCAGCACGGCAGAGGAGGCUGCACGAGCUUAUGAUACUGCUGCAAUUAAGUUUCGUGGAAACAAAGCCAAAACAAACUUCCCAUUAUCUGAUUACGCACAAACAAGCAAAAAUAACGAAAAGAUGGAAAAAUAUAAAAAUGCAGGAGAAAGCAGUAGUAAAGUAGUUGCAGAGGAAGAUGAUUCAAUAGAUUCGAUGAUGAUAGAAGAUUAAACACGUUUCCAAAUGCAAGAAAAACUGUCGCGACCUCUGUUUAAUAGAAAUGCAAGUAAAACCUCCCUCGUUUUCUGGUUUAACUUGUAUUUUGGCUUGGGCUUAUCUUUUGGAUUAUACUUAUUAGCUUUUAUCUUGUUGUUGUGAUAAUCUUUUUGUGAUGUAUUUUUACAGGAUUUUCAAUGAGGUAGCUAGGGGUGUAUCUGGAGAGCCUACUGGCCAGGGUUUAGUUAUGAGUUAUAUUAAAUUUUUCAUGACUAUAUGUGUGUAUAUAUAUAUAUAUAUAUAUUAAUAAA